AUGGACCACCACGUCUCUCUCUUACUUGUGCGUGGUCUUUAUUUGCUUGGCGGAUGGGCGUGUGGCGUCUUUAUUAGCAUUGGGCACCCUGGCUGUGCCAUGCAGUUUCAGCAGCAGCUUGAGCACAUCAUUCAACUCAUCUUUGUUCCUAAUAAGGGAGAGUUGAUUGUUGUGACGCAGUCAGCUACCCUCUACCAGUGGCGUUGGGCAGAGGAUCCGCCCCGCCUCAUCAACUCACUCGCCUUUAAGCACGAAGAGCUUACCUUUGUGCACUUGGCGCCGGGCGGUGACGGUUGGCUCUACGUGGGAACCAACCGCGGAAAUGUAUACCUGAUUCGGAGUGACACGCUCGUGCGCAGCACCUACGCAAUCAUGUGGAACGAAGUCACCACCAAGUAUGCCCUUACUUAUCAUCGCAUAUCUGGUGCUUGCCCGUACCCCAUUUGCACGGACAGCAUGCUUACAUCCUCGAUCCCGAACUCACCCCAUUUUAGCGGCUUCAAUCCGGGCCCUGUCAUCAAGAUUGCAUCACAGCCGGGCAAUACCUCCACCCUGCUCUUGGUGUACGAGCGUGGCUACCUGGCAACGUGGAACGUGAUGGAGCGCCAGGUUCUAGACCGCUUCAAGAUGAAGGAAAAUGCGGUGGCCACGAGCGCCUGUUGGGCCCCUGACGGCAAGUUUUUCUAUACUGGUCACGUGAAUGGCGACAUAAUGCGCUGGGAUGCCAAGAAGCCACUGCCCGAGCAGGUGCAAACUGAAGAGGACUUUUCUUUCCGCGAGCCCGUUUUGCACAUGAGUGCGCUGCAGACUAAAGGUGGCUUGCUGCUGGCACACGAUGGUGGCCCCGCCCCUCUGGACGGGCAAGCACACACGCUGUCCAUACUCAUGCCGGACGGACGCGUGCGCAACUCCUUUUUGGACAAUGACGUGAUGGACAUCCUUCUCCUUUCCGAUGGCCCCAAGGGGGCGUCGGCGGACACGCUGGUGCUUCUGACGUCUGAUAAACUGCAAGUGCUGGACGUCGAUGCGCAUCUAGCCUCCAUCGAUGUUAUGCACGGUCUGCAAGUGCAAGACAGCGUUCUGACGUGCAGUCAACACAUUUCCAGUCCAGGAGCAGCCGUCUUCAAUGCCUUGGUGCUAGCUGCUCGUGAUGAGCACAUGCAUCAGGGCCAGGCCACACCCACUAGUCCUCGAUCCGCCCGCUCGCCCAUCAAUGGCGGCAGCCAACGGGGCUCAACCACCCCACCCUUUGGUGACCUCUUAAUCACAGGUCACGCUGAUGGCAGCGUGCUCUUUUGGAAUUGGGCUACCGGACUGAUGACCUUUUUGCCUGCCAAAAUUCUGCCAGACGAUGUGAUACUGGUACACAAGCUGCGCUUGCCCUACAGUCCAGAGCACGUGACGCUGAUGCCCUAUGGUGACGAUCGAGCCGUGAUGCACGUCGUGUUCGAUGUCACAAAGCUGCUGUUAGCCGUCUCCCACGCCUCGGGCCAUGUGUUGGUCUAUCAGUUUUCCACCCAAGCUGGACCAACUGAGUUUGAAUUGCGACGCGUGCAACUUUUGGAGCCAUCUGGUUCACCACACUCGAGUCGCAGUCAGUCACCGAGCAAGACUCGGCCCCCUCGUCCUCCCGCGCCAGAAGGCAGGGUGCCCAUGGCCCAGGAGCAGUCGAAGCGCGAGGUCGCAGGCAAUACAAGUGUCACGGACUCGGACAACGUUGUCAGUGAGGCCAAAGUCAAGGAGCUGAUGGAAUACGGCUUUUCUGAAGCGAGUGUGCGUGCCGAACUAGCCACUACCAAAGGGGAUAUGAAUCAGGCAGCUGCCAACCUCUUUGAUCGCGAGGAUGAUCGUGGUCAUGUUGCCAACCCGAAGGCAAGCAAAGAACAGCAACAAGGCGCACGUGGAGCUGAUCAUGCCGGGGCAACAGAUAGUGAUACAGCCAUUAUCGUGCUUAGUGAUGGCCAGCAGCUUGUAGAAACUUCAGAGCUCGAUCACCCAGUAUCAGCUGCGGCACCCGAAUCGGGACCAUCGGCACCCGAAUCGGGACCAUCGGCAACCGCACAGAAAGACGCGGGCGACGAUGUCCGGACCCAGGAUGAAGCGGGCGGGAAUGAUGCCGGGGUGGAGUCGGAGGAGGAAUACAAACUGCCCUUGGCAUCAUUGCCCGACUCGACGGUUCUUUCGUACCAAGCCCACGCCGGUUUUCAAUUGUAUUUGGCCGCGAUUUGUACGGUUAUGGGCCAGGAGCAUGACGAGGUGGUGGAUCACGUGGCAUGUUUGGAGCUAUAUGCCCACCGCGGGGUGCUUUGCUUUGGCAACACGCGCGGGGUCUGCAUGCUGUCUUUUGUGGCCCCCAGGUGUCAAGUCAAGGCAGAACUCAGCCUCCACCAUCCAUCGCGAGAGAAUCGCGAGGCUGACGGCGUGUGUGCGUUGAGCGCUGUACCCGGGGUCAUCCUCCGCACCAAAGAGGCGGACUCCAUCCAAGCACCCGCCGUACUUCUUGUGGCCACACUGCUCGGGGACAUUUACGCAGUGCCCGUUGCAGAGAGCGGCGCCGCAAAACAUUACUUUUCACUCAAGGCUCCUUCGCCCAUUAUCGGUCUUCAAGCAUUGGAUGCACAUCAUCACCCUCUGGACGUUCAAUUUUGGGGUGCACAGGAAAAAUUGGAGGCAUCUGAUGCUCGGGUCUCACUCGAUGCCGAAACCCAAUGCCAGACUGCCAAGGCCAUGCCAGCGCAGGACUCUGCUGCCGAGCAAGCGACUUUGCCUGCGACGUUGACAGAGCUGCGCGCGCUUCUGUCCACGGCACCUGAUCUUGACCGGAUGAAGACGUACGGAGACCACAUCAAGCACUUGAAGGAGGCGCAAAAGCUGGACGAGGAUGAGCUUCAUCAGCUACGGGCCGAGUGGGAGACCCGGCGCAUUUGGCUGCAAGAGCACGGCGCGGAAUCCUCGACCACGGCGCAGCAAGCGUCAUCGAACAAAACCCCGGCUGCUGAAGCAGGCGCUCCGGAUGGUCCAGGGAACGCAGAAAGCACUCCGGCUGGGGAUGCUAGCCUGGUGCUAGCAGCAGCCACAGCCUUUCGCAAGGGGGGAUUGAGUGGUUCCUCCACGCAGAUGCUGAACGAUGCGAGCGUGUUGGUGGUCACCGCAACCGGCGUUCUUUGCCUUAAGAAAGGCGCCGUUAAAGCACGCACACACGCCGUCAAAGCGAGUCCACUGACUCGGUGGGCUUACGUGUCGGUGGAUGGGGUACCAACAGUGGCUGCUGUCUCGCGAGAUGGUGUGUACCACCUCUACCCGGCUGACAAUCUGCAUGGGGAAAUGCAGCUCCCCACGCACCUCCCUCGUGGCUUGCGAGCUGUGCAAACGCUUGUCAUCACGCAAGAUGGUUCUCUUAUUUCGCCAACUCGAAGCGGAGGUCUUGUGUUCAAGCAUCUCAUCAACGCAGAUACAGCCCCGGUGCGCGAAGGCGCAAGUGGUCAAGAGAGCGCGGACAGCGAGCGCUCAGUGAACUGUGUCUUUGACCCGAGUCGAGUACGCAAGGAAGAACGUCAAAGUGGUGGACUGCUUUCCGGCUUGUUCGGCAAGAAAAUUUCAACAGCCACGGAGCGCGACGAGCUCUUUGAGAAGAUGGUGGAUCGGCGUGACAAGAGUCACGUUGCUGAUCGGACAGCACACGCUGAUGCGGCGCAUGGAGGCUUCUCCGAAUUGCACGAGAAAAUGCGCAAGCGCGAGGAGCGGCUCGCCAAAUUUGAGCAACAGGCACAGCAGAUGGCUGCUGAGGCAGAAAACUUUAAUUCGGCUGCAAGGUUUGUUCUUUGUGUGCAUGCUUAA